AUGAUUACUAAUCUCAAUGGAAAUUUAACAACUCUGUUAAAGAGGAGACAAAAUUAUCAUUAUGCGCAUUCCAUUUAUACCUGUUUGCUGCUGAAUAUUACACCUAAGAUUAUCAAUCCACCUUUGCAUUAUUGCUUUGAAAGACAUUGCAAACACAGUUUCUCAUUCUGUUUCUAUAUAUUUUUUAUAUUUGCAGAUGUUUUCAAAUUCGAUGAACAGUAUGAAACUAAUGAAGACAAAUACAAAGGUCUUAGUAAGGAGAUAUUGGAAAGUGAAGCAAGUGGUAGUGACCCUGGCUCUGGCUCUGGCAGCGGCUCUGAGAGUGAGUCGGGCGAUUCAUCAGAUUCUGAACAAAAAGGACAAGACGGCGAUCAGGUUACAACCGGUGAUAUUAUCGACAACACCGAAACUAAUAUCAUUGCUUUAAGGCGUACUAUAUAUCUUACAAUUAAUUCAAGUCUUGAUUAUGAGGAAUGUGCACAUAAAUUGAUGAAAAUGCAGCUCAAACCAGGCCAAGAGGUUGAACUCUGUCACAUGUUCCUUGAUUGUUGUGCAGAGCAACGCACCUAUGAAAAAUUUUAUGGAUUAUUGGCACAACGGUUUUGUGCUAUCAACAAAAUUUACAUUGAACCAUUCGAAGAAAUUUUUAAGGACACUUAUCAGACAACACAUCGAUUAGAUACAAAUCGAUUGCGGAACGUGAGUAAAUUUUUCUCGCAUUUACUAUUUACGGAUGCCAUUAGUUGGGAUGUGUUGGAGUGUAUCAAGCUAAAUGAAGAUGACACAACCUCAUCUAGUCGAAUCUUUAUAAAGAUACUCUUUCAAGAAUUAGCCGAAUAUAUGGGACUGGGAAAGCUUAAUACUAAACUCAAAGACAAUGUUUUAACCGAGAGCUUAACUGGUCUUUUUCCUAAGGAUAAUCCUAGAAAUACUCGCUUUGCAAUUAACUUUUUUACUUCAAUUGGCUUGGGUGGUUUAACUGACGAGUUAAGGCAGUUUUUGAAGAAUGCUCCAAAAUCUGUGCCAGCAAUUUUUAAAAUCUACUAUUUUUUACACUUUUACAAAAUUACGUGUUAUCGCUUACGAUGUCCUCCAGAAAAGAAGAAAACAACGCAGAGCAAAAAAGAAUGUAAAAAAAUUAAGAUCGAGAAAAAGAGUUUGGCUAGCUUGAAGGGUUGCCAGAGCCUAUGUGUAAAGUUCAGAGUGGCCACAUUACUCCACCUUUAGACGAGUUCCUAGUCGUUCAGUCUAGUGGGAUGAUGAACUCGUCGACCGGUUCGGGUUUUCCUUAAAACUGAUUGUUGAACGUGUUGGUUUGUGAUGUCUUCAUCGUUGUUGAUAAGGUAUGCCGGCUUCAAUCGAUCAACCGAUACAUUUGUUUUCCUCCGACAACGCAGAUCUCGUAGAAUUUGCUACUUCUAUUUAAAAUUUCAUAAGGACCAUCGUAUGGUCUGCUUACUGAUGAUUUUAUCGAGUCGUUUCAAAUAAAAUCAUGUGUGCAUUUAGAGAGCUCUUGCGGAACAAAUACACUCUUAUUCACAUGCCAUGCUGUAGGAUGUUGACGUAGGUGCCUCAUAGCCUCUCGUAAUUUGUUAACUAGUUCUGUUUCCGUGCGCAUAUCUUUGUUUUCGACGAAAAAUUCUGCUGGUAACCGCAGGGUCGUUCCGUAAACUAGCUCUGACACCGUAGCCUGAAUAUCGUCUUUGUGGAUCCACAGACCCAACAGUAUAAUAGGUAAAUGAUCAACCCAAUGAACAGUAUUUUUGCACAAAAUGGCUGCUUUUAGCGUUCGGUGCGAACGUUCUAUAAAGUCAUUGGCCUGUGGAUGAUAUGAGGUCGUCUUGAGAUGAUCGAUGCCUAGAACUCGAGUUAGCUCAGUAAAAAUGUUGCUCAAAAAUUGGCCUCCUCUGUCUGAAGUAAUGUAUGUGGGCACUCCGAAACGCGUGAUCCAGUGAAACACUAGUGCAUCAACAAUUGACGUAGUGUCAUGUCCGGAAUCGGGAUGGCUUCAGGCCAUCGCGUGAACCGGUCAAUGAUGGCAAGACAGUACCUCUGUCCUUUACAAGACGUGAAAGGGACAACAAUAUCGAUGUUUAUGUGGGUGAAACGUUUAUCCGGGAACGCGUAUGACUGCAAUGGCGAACGCGUGUGCCGGUUGAUUUUUCCACUUUGACACUCAAU